UCCCAGUCAAUGUUCAAAUCAUUACUUGGCUGCUGCAGUAGUCGUGACCCGGCAACUAGGCCCAAUACUGAGCCUGUGCCUGAUGAUAAGACAGAGAAGAGUCUGACAUACAUCCAGCAAAUCGAUUCAAUCAGUGAUUUAUUAAGACUAAAGAGAUCAAAUGGUCAGAUGACUUUUUCAAAACUUGUGAGGAAAAUAGUUAAUAAUACCUAUGACACUUGAAUUUUCGAAGAUGACUUACACGAUCUCAUCAGAGAGUUUGCAGUGGAUGAUGAGACUGGAGAAGUAGACCCAAAGUUAAAACAUUUGCUGACAUUCUUCAAGAGAGACUACUUCUACAAAGCUGAAGAAAUUGCAAAUGGGACAUAUGAACAACUUGAUUCAAUAAAAGUGAGACUAUUUUUGUUCUUAGUAAUCCGUGAUGACAAGUCUACCAAAACAAAAUGCUUUAUUCAGACAAUUAUUAAAGAGAUGAAGGAGGAUACUGAAUAUUCUCUAAACACAAGGACCGCAAAAUAACUUAGAGAGGUUCAGUGAAUCUAGUAGCAAAGACGAGGUAGUUCAGAUAUUAUUCCACCCGAGAGAUCCAAUAAUGAUCAUGGUUUUAUCCUUACUCUUUGCUGGUGCAAUUCUUCCAUUUGUUGAUUAUUACAACGAGGCUGAGUACGAAGGAGAAGAUAAGGACUUUAAGCAUUUCAAAAGACUGGCUACCACUAACAGGUAUAUUUUCCAGUCGUUUGCUAACCAUUUUGCUGAUAAUUAUCUAUUUAAGAAGAAUUCUAAGAAAAACAAACGAAAAACUGAAUUUACAGUUAGAGAAUUUGAAAAUCUUUGACGGCAAUCUUAUGACUUACUGUUCAAUUCUAAGGCAGUGAGGAAGAUGUUCAUAAAGUUUGCCAAAGAGAACAGAGACGAGUGCCUGAUGAAGUCCAAAGAAUCUCAAAGACAGAGAUACAGAGAAGAUGAACGAUAUGAGAUUAAAUAAAGAAUUUGGAAGAAAGGGUUCACCGACCAAAAACUUGUUCAGUCCAAAAGUUAGGGGUCCUGAUCAGCAGACUGCUAAGCCACUCGACUUGGAUCUACGGAAAAAUUUUGAUAACGAUCGCGAGGUUCCAGUUUUUAAAAAUCCAGAGGAAGAAAAGUCGAUUAGUGCGAUCCCUUUAGAGAAGCAUUCGUUCAAAGAAGAAGAUAUAACAGACUCGAGGAUUAAAUAUGAUGAAACAGGAUCAACAAUAAGAAAAUCAUUUUCUCCUUUUGACAUGGACAAAAGCCAAGAGAUCAGACUUGAAGAUUUCGAAAUUCAAAAAGAACUCGAAAUAAAGUUUGGAACUAAGUUAUUAAAUCUACUACAAAAUCAUUUCGAGAAUUACAUUGUAAAUGGUGAAUAUACUUGUACAAAGAAAGAUUGUCAAUUAGUUAAGGCUAUGAAGACUAAUUUUAAAGAGCAUAUGACAACAAGCGAGAACGACACUUUAUCCAAAAACAGCUUCAACCACUCCUAUAGAUAUUCUGUAUUAUUAAGCAAUAAAGAUGCUGAUUCUAACAAGACAAAUGUCGAAAAAUACAUUGAGAACAUAAAAAUCAAAUUAAAGACCAAAGAGCUGCAAGAGUACUAUUACGACAGUCAAAACUGUGAGAACGUCGUCAACAGCUACCUCCGACUGCUCGAAAUGUACCAUGAACUCCAAAUCUUCAACCGCUUCCAUCAAGACCCUUCCUAUAAAGAAGCCAAGAUCAAAAUCUUAGAGACCAACUACCUUGACGAAUUUAUGGGAGAACUAGAUACAGGGAUCGUCUCCAACGCCAUUGACGAUGAACUCCAGGACUUUUUAGACAUAAGAUUCCUAAUAAUCCCUGCCAAGAUUAAUGGAAGACUAGUGACUUACAUCGUUGAAAUAAGAGAUCCGGAUAUUAAGGUUGAUCUGUAUUACAUGCUUGAGGAUUUGAAGGAUACUGAAGCAGAUGAGAGCAAUGGUGAUGAUUUAGAUACAAAGUUCAGAGAGAAAUGCAGUGAGGUCAUAGUCGAUCUCAUAGCGAGGGCUUUUGAGGCUGUUGUUUAUGACUUUAAAUUUGAUGAUAUUAAAGCUGAUUCACAUGAGAUAGCAAAUUUAUCAAUAAUGCUCCAAGAAAUUGAGAACAGAGUAUGAGGGAUAAUCGAGAACCAAUUUACCAUAACAGAAGAUAAAAUAAAGCACAAAGUGAUAGACAGAUUGGCUUCGCUUUUAGAAAUCUAACAAUA